GCAACCGUCGCGCCGUACGCACGCAUUGUUACUUAAGUGUUACCAAAUGAAGUCUUCGCGGAGUCACAAUUCGCGAUCGACUUACAUUCGUAAAGUAAAAAUCGCCGGUUUCUGUUGACUGUGUAUAUCGAUACCUUCUAGGAUAAGACUCUUUAGGACUGUACCGGUUUGUGGCUAAUGCGCGGAGAUGUCGCGAGGGCGCGGUGCCGAUGGCGCGGGCUGAGCGCGCUCGGCUAGGCGCCCAUGCGCGCCUGCCUCCUACUGUGUGCGGCGCUCGCGCUAGCGCCGAGCCGGCCGCGCGCCGCCGCCGCCUCCCACAAGCACCACCCUCACGUCCCAACGCCCGAGCCGGCCAGACUCGAACACAUCAAAACACAGAUACUCGCCAAGCUGGGUCUAUCGUCACGGCCCACGCCGCUUGGGGCCCCCCCACGUGACGUUGUGAGGCAAAUACUGGCGCGCGCGGCCGACCCGCGCCCCGAGCGCCGCCCGGAUACAGAACACAGCAUGAGAGAGAUCAUUGCUAUAGCACACAGAGAUGGUGUUCUUAGGUUCAGAGGCAUUGGAUGAGUAUAAUGUGUCUUCUUAUAGCUGCGAUCAGAAACAAGAGAAAAAAACCCAAAAAGAAAACAGUACCAGGUCGUAGACUUCAGUGGUUCAUCUAGGAACACUUUGGGCGAAAAGAAUUGUCAAAACUGCUUCUUGGUGAUUGGUGAUGACCAGCUGACAUCCCUCUUCGC